AUGGUGUUCGCAUUUUGGAAGGUCUUUCUCAUCCUAAACUGCCUUUCAGGUCAGGUUAGUAUGGUGCAAGUGACCAUCCCAGACAGUUUCGUGAAUGUGACUGUUGGAUCUGAUGUCACUCUCCUCUGCCUCUACACCACCACUGUGGCCUCCCUGGACAAGCUUUCCAUCCAGUGGACUUUAUCCCAUGAGGAGGAGUUGGAGCCAAUUUCCCACAGCCCGUGCCUCAAUACUGAGGGUAUGGAGGAAAAGGCAGUCAGUCAGUGUCUAAAAAUGGCUCAUGCAAGAGACGCCCGGGGAAGAUGUAGCUGGACCUCUCAGGUCUACUAUUCUGAAGGUGGACAAGGUACAGCCAUUGGGCGAUUUAAAGAUCGCGUUGUAGGGUCCAACACUCCAGGUAAUGCGUCUAUCACUAUUUCGCAUGUGCAGCCAGCAGAUAGUGGAGUUUACAUCUGUGAUGUUAACAACCCCCCAGACUUUGUCGGCAAAAACCAAGGCACCCUCAACGUCAACGUGUUAGUCAAACCUUCUAAGCCCUUUUGUAGCAUUCAAGGAAGACCAGAAAUCGGCCAUACCAUCUCUCUCUCCUGCCUCUCUGCAUUUGGAACACCUUCCCCUGUGUACUACUGGUAUAAACGUGAAGGAAGCAACAUCAUACCAGUGAAAGCAAACCCAACCACCGGGACUUUGGUUAUUGGAAAUCUGACAAAUUUUGAACAAGGUUAUUACCAGUGUACUGCUACCAACAGCCUUGGCAACAGUUCCUGUGAAAUCGAUCUAACUUCUUCACAUCUAGAAGUUGUAAUCAUCAUCGUGGCCUUGGUAGGUUCCCUGGUAGGUGCUGCCAUCAUCACCUCUAUUGUGUGCUUCGCAAGGAACAAGGCAAAGGCAAAAGAAAGGAAGAGAAAUUCUAAGACCAUCACGGAACUUGAACCAAUGACAAAGAAAGGUGCAGAGAGUGAAACAAUGCCAACAGAAGACGCCGUCCAACUAGAAGCAACUUUACCAUCUUCCACUCAUGACACUGCCACCAUUCGGGAGCCAGACCACGAGCCUAUCCAACAUCCAGGGCCUCCCCCAGAGCCUACCACAGAGCCUGCCCAAGGACCAGAGCCUAGUCCUAUACCUGAGAUUAUGAUCCAGCUGGAGCCAGAGGUGCAGCUGGAGCUGGAGCUGGAAUUGUUUCCAGAGCCAGAGCCAGAGCCAGAGCCAGAGCCAGAGCCAGAGCCUGGGGUCGUAGUUGAGCCUCUUUGUGAUGAGGAGAAGGGAGUGGUUAAGGCGUAA